AUGGCUCACCAAGGAGAUCAGAAGCGUGACAAGGAGAAUAGUUUGAAGGCGAAGCGCGAUAAAAAUGAUACCAACAAUACAGAAGAAGUUGAUGAAGAUAAUACCGACAUGGCACGUUUGACCAGAUACAACGAUGGUUCGGUUAAGCUGCGCAAUCCCAACAUUGAACUCAUGGAUCAAGAUAUCCUGUACCAUCUGGCGCUUGGUAGCGGUAGCCAUGAUCUGCACGAAAUGUUUGGCGAUGUGAAGUUUGUCUGCAUGGGUGGAACACCGAAGCGUAUGGAAACGUUUGCUCACUUUAUUAUGGAAGAAAUCGGUUACAAACUUCCCGCUGGUACUCAGCUGCAAGAUAUCAGUGCAUUUUCCUAUCGCUACUCCAUGUACAAGGUUGGGCCUGUACUCUCCAUUAGCCAUGGUAUGGGGGUACCUUCUGUAGGUAUCCUUCUCCAUGAGCUUAUUAAGCUGAUGUACCACGCCAAGGUAAAGGAUCCGAUCUUUGUGCGCAUUGGUACAUGCGGCGGUAUCGGUGUGGAAGGUGGCACUGUCGUCAUUACGGAAGACGCAUACGAUGGUUUGCUUCGAAACAGCUACGAGUUGGCUAUUCUUGGAAAAAUAGUUCAUCGUCCGGCAAUUUUGGACAAACGACUGGUGCGGGAACUGAAGUCACUAGCCACACACGAUGAUCCAUAUGAGACGAUUACUGGCAAAACGAUGUGCACCUACGACUUCUACGAAGGUCAAGGCAGAUUGGAUGGUGCAUUCUGCGAGUUUACAGAAACGGACAAAAUGACAUAUUUGGAAAAAUUGCGCGACUUCGGCGUGGUGAACAUCGAGAUGGAGUGUACCAUAUUUGCCGCACUUACUCAUUACGCCGGUAUCAAGGCGGCGAUCAUAUGCGUCACGCUGCUGGACAGACUGAAGGGUGACCAAGUGAUGGCCCCGAAGGAGGUAAUGAACGAAUGGCAACAACGACCACAGAUAUUAGUUUCCCGGUUAAUUAAGAAGCACCUCGCCCAGAUGGGCCACCUAAAGUCGCUCGCCUCGACACCGUCGUCCAUCAAGUCGCCGCGCCGAUUUAAGCUGGUGCAGCAGGAAUCGGAAGCGCACGAGUAA